CGUCGGACAGGCGCCGCAUCGGCGGGCAAAUCCAUCGGGCGUCGCGACGCUCUCACGAGUGGGUCCCUCGUAUAAGACCGGGAGACACGAGUUCCCCACGUUAGUAUGUGUCAUGAGUUCCGAGUGCGAGGGUCUAUGAUGAUGGUCAGAGUGCGGUUGAAGAUGCAACGCGCCGCGUUGUUUCUUGUGUUUUUUGUGUACGGUGCGGACUUUGUGAAUGGAAUGUUCGAACGAAGACAAUGCAGUCACCAACAUCCACUGGCGCAUGAGGUGGUUCACGGCGUCCAUAUCGAUCCGGUGCACGAGGUGAAGAAGCGCAGCAUUAGCCAGCCGCUCAGGAUCUUACUGUGGUACGACGAUAGCGUCUAUCGAUUGGACGACGAGAAACUCGACCUGAUAAACAACACGAUUCUUCCCGAGGCCGUCCAUUUUUGGGAGAGAGCGCUGAUGGUGCGAGAGACAAAAAAUACGAUACGACUGAAUCGGAAGUGCGAGAGCAAUCAAGUCUUCGUCAAGAACCAGCAUACCUACUGCAUAGACACGUGUCGGACCGAAACCGUCUGCGGCGAAGUUGUAGUUCCACCGGAACACCUCGACGUCUGCAGAACUUGCAACGCGACGGGUCACGACUGUGGAGUAGCCGAAGGAAGCAAAGCGGGACCAGGAAUCGACGGUUCGGAUUUUGUAUUUUACGUUUCGGCGAUGCAGACGGAAAGAUGUCACAAAGGUCUCACGGUCGCUUACGCUGCUCACUGCCAACAGGAAGCCGCGUUGGAUCGGCCGAUAGCCGGUCACGCGAACCUAUGCCCAGGCAGCAUCAGCACGAAACCUCAAGAACUGGAGACACUCCUGAGCACCGUGAAACACGAGAUCCUACACGCCCUUGGAUUCUCCGUGAGCCUUUACGCGUUCUACAGGGACGAGAAUGGGGAACCGAGAACACCGAGGCGUCCCGAUACCGGGAAACCAACGCUGAACGAAAGACUUCAAACCCAUCAGUGGAGUGAAGAGACCAUCAGAACGGUCCUGAGACCGAACUGGCAAGUUCACGGCGGUUCGGUAGAAAGAUAUAUGCAAAUGAUCGUCACACCGAACGUGCGGAAAGAAGUACAACGCCACUUUGGCUGCGAAGAACUCGAGGGCGCGGAACUCGAGGAUCAAGGAGAAGAUGGAACUGCGUUAACUCACUGGGAAAAGCGAGUCUUUGAAAACGAAGCGAUGACGGGUACGCACACACAGAAUCCUGUUUACUCUCGCAUUACCUUAGCUCUAAUGGAAGACACGGGUUGGUACAGCGCUAAUUACUCCAUGGCUCAAGAGCUGGGCUGGGGUAAGAAACUGGGAUGCGAAUUUGCCAUGAAAUCGUGCAAGGAAUGGAUAUCCACCAGGUCAUCUCCUCUUUCAGAGAAAAGGGGGAAAACUAUUCACCCUUUUUGCAAUAAGGUCAAACAGGAUCCCCUGCAGACCGAAUGUACCGACGACAGGAGUUCGGUUGCACUUUGCAACCUCGUAGAACACCCCCAACCACUGCCUAAAAGAUAUCAGAACUUCGACUCGAUACCACACGUUCCACCCGGUAGGGAACAAUAUUAUGGAGGUUCCGUAUCUCUGGCUGAUUACUGUCCAUAUAUUCAAGAGUUCACGUGGAGAGCUAGGCAUAUAGUAGUCCGAGGAUCUCAUUGUCUUUACGAAGAAAAUAAUCCCCACGCGGAGAAAAACUUCGCCCUCGAAAAAUACGGCGCACACUCCAAGUGUUUCGAUCACACUAAUCAGAUGUGGGAGGAAAGAACCUGCAAACAAGCCAGGCAGUGGCAACAUUGGGGAUCUGGUUGUUAUCAGUAUAAAUGUGAAGCUGGAAGACUGCAUAUUAUGGUGGCCAACUACACGUACACGUGCUUUCAUCCUGGCCAAGAAAUCGCUAUAAGAAUAAUGCAUAACGAGUGGCUUCACAAGGGUGCUCUCAUCUGCCCCUCCUGCACAGAUAUUUGUGAGGCGGAGUUCAAGGCCCAGGGUACGGGGUGUAAGAUUCGUGACGAACAUCCUCCGGCUACAUUUUAUCACAGAGAUAAUCUCCACUGCGGUUCUGAUGUGAGAACCGCAUUCGGCGUACCGGCUCUUGCAAUAUUCAUCGUCUUGUCGAUAAUCUGUAGGUGAUCUGUUCUUAAUUCUAGUACGUUAUGUAUUGUUAUCAAAUGAGAGGUGAAUAGAUACCGCGAUUGCCGGCUAAAAUUGUACAUUUUAAUUCUUUCAAUGGUUACCGGAAACAAUGUCUGAAAAUAAAUUGUAAAUUACAGAAAGUGCUCUCACUUUAUGAAAAACUGAUUGUCAAUUGUACGUAUUUACACUAAAAAUCUAUCCUAAGUUGAACUGAUUUCAUUCCAAUCAAGUCUUUCCGUUUUUUGCCUUCUCAAGGGAAUCUCGAUUCGCUUGCCUAUAAAAUCUUGUUACUCUUUGAGCGAAUUACCGUUUCACUCGUUUGAUAACACCGCAUCAUUCCUCUAGAAAUUUUCUCGGUCAACUGAUUUUAACAAAGACAGGUUCUUAAAAAUCGCCAUUCUUAUUACUGAACAAAAUAUUUUUUAAUACUUGCGCAUUCAUGGGAGAAUUCUAGAACUUUGUCACCGUACGACCACGCAAAUAUAUCGACACGAUUUAUGUGAGCUAAAUAAUUUCUGAAUCGCUCGAGUUUAGAAGUUGGAAUUCGCAUUAAUCAGUGAUAAAGAUUCCGAUUCGGCGAGUCUGGAAUUCUCCGAUGUAUAGCGCAGGAGUUACACUAGUACUAUGUAUGUGAUACAGCAUAUCAAUUGGAUAUUAUUAAUGAAAUUGAAACAGAAACUUAUGAACAUGCAACGAAGCCAAUUCCGACAGUUGUUUUUGAAUUAUUUAAAUAUGACUACGAAGUACCACAUAUAUUUUCAAUCUUAUACAUGCGCGACCUAAGACAUAAGAUAUUGUAAAUAAAGAGUAAACAUAACUAUCGUUCUUAUGUUCGUCGCAUGUAUCGAGGAACAGGAAACUGCGUACUGCGAGGAGUAUAAUCACGCUGUACGAAAGUCUGCGACAGUAGUAGAUGAUAAUUUUGUAUCUAAAUAUACGUUUAACUUAUAACAACUGUAAACCAAACAACGGGGGAUGAACUUUUUUUUGAAAAAAACCAUCAUCGCGUAACGAUCGUAUUUCCGAACUAUUAUUGCGUUCGCGAUCGCGAUUCAUUAAAAAUUUCAUCCCGCGCAGUCUACCUAGUAUAUAAUACUAUAGAUUAUCCACCGGAAAUCUGUAACAGUUUUAACAAUUUUUCAUUAUGUUUUAUCCGUGCCCUAGUUUCAUCGUUCACUUUAUCCACUGUAAGCAUCUUGCUUCUACGCAGUGCGCUUGAUCCUACCUACUGAUAGUAGCGCUCAAUAUAUCUACGGUAGCGCGAACUGUCAAAAUCUGUUGAUUGUUUAAUUGAUACUGUUGAAAAUUGAAUGUGUUACAGUUUUCCAAUUUUCUUCUAAGCUAUCGCUAACAGAGUUUUCGUUGUACUGUAGAGGAUACAGUGAUUGUUGAAUCGGUAUUUUACCGAUACGACUAGAUAUUGAUCAUUGAUGAUAUAUCCACUCGUACGAUUACAUGUCUUACAGUACACUGUAAGAUUCGUAUAUUGUUCACCUACGUAGGAUUAGCAUUAGAACUAUAUUUAUAAAUAUGAAGAGCAGAAUUACAGCGUUUGCAUGGAAGAUUAAUCUAACGGUGAUCGGUGAUCGUUGAUUAGAGGUCUUCAAUUUCAGUGGUAAAUUAAGUAAAAUGUAAUGCAGAUUGAACCACCAGUGGAGCCAGAUUUUAGCUGCAUUUUAAUUUAAAGUUUGCUACACGAUACUUUGUUUCCUAUCUCCUAUCGGAGUACGACAUCAAAUUUUCCUAAUCUUCAAACACUCGCGACCAUUCGUGUUAUAAAAAAUACGGAACACCUCAUGUCUCAUCGCCAUUCCUUAUUGGACAGCUGAACAGAUUCUGAUCAUAUAAACUUUCCCCAGAGCCAUAGAAAUUAUCCCAAAAACCUAAUGAUUUUCUCAUCGAAGCGAGCCUUUCGCGGCAUUCGGUUCGACUCUAGAGUGUCAUACUAAAUGUUCAUUGCUGUCCUAAGUUUUCUUACUCCUAAUAAUGUGUCAUCGAUUGAAUCAUGUAUUAUAGAUGUAUCAUCUGCGUUCUAUGCCCUGUGGUACGUAUGAUGAUUGGGAUGAUAGUGUAUGUCUAGCGAGCGUGCGAACAGAACAAUUUCUAAUUAUUAUUUACGCGAUUCAAUAUGUGAGAAUAUUCAAGUGCUGCUCAGUGGAAUGUCCAAAAAAACUAUCGUGAUCGAUGUUGAUUGAUGUUAAGCCUUUCAUUUUAUUUCUGAAUUCUUACUUUGAUUACGAG